CUCUUGGCCAAGGAGACAAACAACAGACGUGGGACGCACUCAGAGGCGGACUAUUCAGUAUGAAGGAGGCGUGUCCUCUGUCCAGUGUAAAUCCACACCGUCUGCUGAAGUUCACGCGGUCUCCUCCCGCUGAAAAUGUCCCAGUCAAUCCUCGACAGUAUGCCCGGAGCUACGACGGGAUCCGUCGUGGUCUCAGACCCGCUGAACUUCUGGGCUGGGAAGCGAGUGAAGCCCAGACAGCAGACUCACGCAGAGCCCGUGUUCGAACCUGCCACUGGCCGUGUCUUGUGUCAGAUGGUCCCCUGUGUGGCUGAGGAGGUGGACGAGGCCAUACAAAGCGCCCACGCUGCCUACCUAAAGUGGCGCAAGAUGGCUGGCAUGGAGAGGGCUCGGGUGAUGUUAGAGGCCGCCCGCAUUAUCAGGGAGAGAAGGGAGAAGAUUGCUAAACUGGAAGUGAUCAACAACGGCAAGUCCAUCACUGAAGCUCUGGUGGAUAUUGAUGUUGCCUGGCAGUGCAUUGAGUACUAUGCUGGCCUAGCUGGUACUCUUGCAGGCCAGCACGUCCAGCUUCCUGGUGGAUCAUUUGCGUACACCAGGCGGGAGCCCCUUGGUGUGUGUGUGGGAAUCGGUGCAUGGAAUUACCCCUUCCAGAUCGCAUCAUGGAAGUCUGCUCCUGCUCUGGCAUGUGGUAAUGCCAUGGUAUUUAAGCCUUCUCCAAUGACUCCUGUGACUGCCGUCAUUCUGGCUGAGAUUUACAAAGAGGCAGGGGUACCCGACGGGCUCUUCUGUGUGGUGCAAGGCGGAGCAGACACCGGUACCUUGCUUUGCCAGCACCCCAAGGUCGCCAAAGUGUCUUUCACUGGCAGUGUACCAACAGGCAAAAAGGUCAUGGAAAUGUCUGCGAAGGGGGUGAAGCAGGUGACUCUGGAGCUCGGAGGCAAAUCUCCCCUCCUGAUCUUCAAAGACUGUGAGCUGGAAAACGCGGUGAAGGGAGCACUCAUGGCUAACUUCCUGACACAGGGACAGGUUUGCUGCAAUGGGACCAGAGUGUAUGUGCAGAGAGAGAUCAUGCCCCAGUUCCUGGAAGAAGUGGUGAAGAGGACCAAGGUCAUCCCUCUGGGGGACCCCCUGUUGGAUGGCACCCGAAUGGGAGCGCUGAUCAGCAAGCCACAGCUGGACAAAGUGCUGGGAUAUGUCAGUCAGGCCAAGAAAGAGGGAGCCAAAGUGCUUUGUGGAGGAGAGCCUUUUGUACCCAGUGACUCCAAAUUGAAAGGAGGCUACUUCAUGACACCCUGUGUACUUGAUAACUGCAGAGAUGAUAUGACCUGUGUGAAGGAGGAGAUUUUUGGCCCAGUUAUGUCCGUGCUGCCUUUCGACACAGAGGAAGAAGUGAUCCAGAGAGCUAACAACACCACCUUUGGAUUGGCCUCUGGAGUCUUCACCAGGGACAUUUCUCGAGCCCAUCGUGUGGCUGAGAACCUGGAGGCAGGGACCUGCUUCAUCAACAACUACAAUAUCAGCCCUGUGGAAGUGCCAUUUGGAGGAUACAAGAUGUCAGGCUUUGGCAGGGAGAACGGCCAGGUGACCAUCGAGUACUACUCCCAACUGAAGACUGUGGUCGUGGAAAUGGGCGACGUUGAGAGCCUCUUCUAAACUCCGGACAGCAACUUCACACUGCUGAGCCAGAACUGUGAAUACUAUGUUCACUUCUCCCUUCAGUCACGUGCUCUGCACCACACAUGACUGUACAUCCUACCUGUGAACUAGGAGAGGCAGUUGUGUAUUAAAUGCCCAUGUAAGAAGUGAACACUGUACUUUUUUUGCCCAACCUGUGAACCUACUUUAGUAUUAACCAAGUACAUAAACACAAACUUUGAAUUCACACUAACUGCUUAUUAAAAACAGAACACAUGCUGCUGAUGUGCGUCUAUGUGCACAACCAAGCGCCUUAAUUAGAACUUAUGUUUGUAGUGAACUGUGUCUAUUGGACAACUAACGCCUUUUUGACAAAAAUAAAACAUUUUAGAUCCAAA